AUGAGAGUUCAUACACAGGAGAAACCAUAUAGCUGUGAGAUUUGCAAUAAAGACUUCUCAUAUAAAUCUAGCCAAAUACAACAUAUGAGAGUACAUAUGAAGGAGAAGCCAUGCAUCUGUGAGUUUUGCAAUAAGGGUUUCUCACAGAAAGGUAGUCUAGUGGGACAUAUAAGAAUACAUACAAAGGAAAAGCCAUACUGCUGUGAGAUCUGUAAUAAGGUCUUUGCUUUGAAAGGUGGUUUAGUAAAGCACACAAGAGUACAUACGAAGGAUCUUAAAUAUUUGGUUUUGGUUAUGAAGUUCCACGUUGUGGGAGCGCUCCAGCAACAGGAAGGAUAA